UGUGGGCGGGCUCGGGGGCGGCCUCACUCCUUCCCUUCCGCCCGGCCGUCUCAGCCCCGCCGCCUCCCCCGCCGGGCCGCAGGACCCGGGCCCGCAGACCCCGAAGGGCGCGUCGCCAUGGGCGCCGCUCGACGCUACCGGCUGCUGCUGCUGCGUCUGCUGCUGCUGGCGGCGGCGGUUUGGGGUCUGUGUUUCUCGGCGGGGUCCCGCUCCCCGGAGCGGCGGUGGCCGGUGCCUUACAGGCGCUUUGACUACCGUCCAAAAACCGAUCCUUACUGCCAAGCUCGUUACACCUUCUGUCCCACUGGCUCUGCCAUUCCAGUUAUGAAAGAAGAGGAUGUCAUUGAAGUGUAUCGAUUACAGGCUCCAGUAUGGGAAUUUAAAUAUGGGGACCUACUAGGACAUUUGAAAAUUAUGCAUGAUGCUGUGGGUUUCAAGAGCUCUCUAACAGGCAAAAACUACACAAUGGAGUGGUACGAACUCUUCCAACUUGGGAACUGCACGUUUCCACAUCUCCGGCCUGGCAUGGAUGCACCGUUUUGGUGUAACCAGGGCGCUGCCUGCUUUUAUGAAGGAAUAGAUGAUGCACACUGGAAGGAAAAUGGAACUUUAGUUCUUGUGACCACAAUAUCAGGAGCCAUGUUUAAUGAAAUGGCAAAAUGGGUAAGACACGACAAUGAGACUGGCAUUUACUAUGAGACCUGGACAGUUCAGUCAAGUCCUGACAAACGGUCAGUAGUGUGGUUUGACUCUUACGAAUGCUCUAAAUUCAUACUGAGAACAUACCAGAAGCUGGCUGACUUAGGAGCUGUCUUUAAGAAGAUACAAACAAACUAUACAAGCAUAAUUUUAUUUAGUGGUGAGCCUGUUUAUCUGGGAAAUGAAACAUCUAUUUUUGGACCGGUAGGAAACAAGACAUUGGCAGCAGCUAUAAGGGACUUCUACUACCCAUUUAAACCUCAUCAAACAGUCAGGGAGUUUUUUGUGGAUCUUCUAAAAAUUAUUGAUCAUGUCAUCUUGAAUCAUCAGUUUUACUUCUUCUACAACUUGGAAUACUGGUUUUUACCUAUGAAGUUCCCUUAUCUCAAAAUAAUUUAUGAAGAGGUCCCUUUACCUACUGGAAGCAAAACAUCCUUUGAUGUGUAGUGGCUUACAGAAGAACCAAACUUGCCCUUAUGACAGAAUAAUCUUAAGGACGUGGGAGGGCUGCCAUGAUGGAGCUCAAGUGUUUCACUGCCAGCUGUAAAAGUUGUGUUGGGAAAGCUUUGCUAGACCACAUGAAAGACUCUGCCUUUUUUUUUUACUUGUUACCUGUAUAGCUUCAGUGUCUCUGACAUGGCUGGCUUCUGUGUGACGUGUUAUCUAACGAUGGGCCAGCGUGGCUGCUCUUGGCUAGACUGCAGUGCCAAAGGGUGCAUGGGAGGCAGCCUGCCUGCUUUAGUCUCCACAUAGGUGGCCAUGUGGCCACCACCAGGGGUGGACGUGAGCAUUACAAGGACUUUCUGGUCUGACCAGCUCAGCUAAUCCAUGUGUUGGAGCUGACAAACCUGAGUGCCUGGAUGUGCCCAGUCCCCUCAACAUGUGCCUUACAUUGACAUUUCCAUAUUUCUUUGGUUUGUCCAACUGGGACCUAUGAACUGUUCUCUGAUUUGUGACAUAGGUUUUUGUCAGGGUGUGAAGGGGCAGAAUCUACUAGAAGAUGGCAUGGGUGGUAUCUUUUUCCCACUUUGUUUCCUUUACUUGCACUGUAAACAUAAUAUAUAUGGCUCUUC